UUAUCCGUAUCUUCUCUCUUGCUACUUCCAGAAGGCGUCUCGAUAAAUGCCGUUGUUUUUUCUUCUCUAAUCUAUUUGAUUUUCAUAGUUCUUCGACUUUCAAGUUUCAACAAGUGAAAAUGAGAGAGAACAUCUCGAUGCACAUCGGUCAGACCGGUAUUCAGGUCGGAAAGGCCUGCUGGAAGCUCUGCUGUCUCGAACAUGGAAUCUAGAUUAUAAAUUGGGGGUGAGGAAUCGAACCUAGUGCAAGGGGCUGAGGGUGCACCUUUCAAGGUGGCAAAGCCACUAGCCGAAAAGGCCAGCCUGAUGGCGAGAUGCAAGUGACAAGACCAUCAGUGGAGAUGAUGCUGCCUUCAACACCCUUUUUAGUGAAACUGGACUGGUACCUACCGCUAGCUCUUCCACCCCGAGCAGCUCAUCAGUGGCAAGGAAGAUGCUGCCAACAAUUUUGCCCGUGGCCACUACUCCAUUGGCAAGGAAUUGUUGAUCUCUGCUUGGACCGCAUCAGGAAGCUGGCAGAUAACUGCACUGGUCUCUACGGAUUCCUUGUCUUCAAUGCUGUUGGCGAAGGAACUGGGUCCGGUCUUGGCUCUCUGCUUUUGGAGCGUUUGUCUGUAGACUCUGGCAAGAAGUUAGAGCUGGGUUUCACUGUCUACCCGUCUCCCCAAGUCGCCACAUCUGUUGUUGAGCCCUACAACAGUGUCCUUUUAACUCACUCCUGGAACACACUGAUGUUGCUGUUCUUCUCGACAAUGAGGCCAUCUCUGAUAUCUGCAAAGGCUCUCUCAACAUUGAGCGAUCCAUCUACACCAACCUGAACUGUCUUGUUUCUCAGGCUAUUUCUUUAUUGACUGCCUCUCUAAGGUUUGAUGGUGCCUUGAAUGUGGAUAUAACUGAAUUCCAGACCACCUUGGUCCCACACCCCCAUAAUCCACUUCAUCCUUUCCUCAUUUGCAGCUGUCAUCUCUGCAGAGAAGGGCUAUCAUAAGUAACUCUCUGUGGCUGAAAUCACCGACAGUGCCUUUGAACCCUCUUCUAUGAUGGCCAAGUAUGACCCAUGCUGUGGUAAGUAUAUGGCCUGCUGUUUGAUGUAAUGUAGCAUGGUGAUGUGCCCAAGGAUGUCAACGCUACUGUUGCUACAAUCAAGACCAAGAGGACCAUUCUGUUUGUUGAUUGGUGUCCAAACUGGGUUCAAAUGUGUUAUUAAC